AUGUCGGACGUAGAAGAGAACAACGCCCCCGAAGUCUCCGAGGAGGUUGAGGUUUCGGCCGAUGCCCCCAAGGGCCAGAUGUCCGUUCUGGACGCCCUCAAGGGUGUUCUGAAGCUGGCUCUCAUGCACGAUGGCCUCGCCCGCGGUCUCCGCGAGGCUUCCAAGGCUCUCGACCGUCGCCAGGCUCACAUGUGUGUCCUGAACGAGAACUGCGAGGAGGAUGCCUACAAGAAGCUUGUUGCCGCCCUCUGUGAUGAGCAUAAGAUUCCCCUGAUCAAGGUUCAGGAUGGCAAGCAGCUUGGCGAGUGGGCCGGUCUCUGCGUUCUUGACCGUGAGGGCAACGCCCGCAAGGUUGUCAACUGCUCUUGCGUCGUGGUCAAGGACUGGGGUGAGGAGUCGCAAGAGCGCUCCAUCCUCCUCAACUACUUCCAGACUUCUCAGCCUUCGUAA